AUGGAAGACACGAUAGUCACAUAUGAAAAGGAGUCCACGGUACAGAUAUACUCUGAGAAUCAGCAAAGUCAAUGGGGAGAUAGCGUGAAUAAGGAAUCAGUGAUCGAGGUACUAGAUCGGGUCAACCUAAAUACUCGGUCAAACUCUUUGGAAGAACUGAGAAUCAUUUGGAUGGGGUGGUCACCUCAGCGCCGAUUGAAAUUUUCACAAUUAUAUGGGCAUAUUGGGUUCCUACUUCAUGUGUCCGUAAAUCUCCAUGUGAUCGAGGUGCUAGUGGAAUUCUGGAAUCCUUCGUAUUGUUGCUUCACUAUGGAUGGAAUAGACAUGGCACCAACUAUUGAGGAAUAUACCUCUUUGCUGCAUUUAGCUAAGUUAACGACGCCCUACAAAACUUACGUGCAUGAUCCUAGAGCAUCUUUUGUAAAAGAAUUGCAUGACGUCAUCGGGGUUAAAAUUCAGAAGACAGAAGAUACAAAAAUCACCUGGCCAUGCUUGAAGCGACUGUUAGAAAAGGAAGAUGGGGAAGAGGCUCAGAUGCAUAUGUUAGCCCUAGCUAUUUAUGGAUUAAUCAUAUUUCCAAAGGAGGUAGGGGCUAUCGAUCAUAAUACUAUUUCUUUUGUAGCACAGGUAAAAGAAGGAAUCAACCCAAUCCCUGGAAUCCUAGCCGAGACUUUUCGAUCUCUCCAUGAGUGUCAGGUCAAAAGACGUACAAGAAUGAGAUGUUGUGUGCCCCUGCUGUGUGGAAAUCUCCCAUGGGUGCCUCUGCUUGGCCCUUGGGGAGGGAUAGCGUAUGCGCCCCUUAUGCUUAGAAGGCAAAUAGGGGCAACCCAGUUUAUACCCAUGACACACGGACUGGCCAAUUCUCGAUUCUCGAACGAAACAGGUGAUGAUCAAAGACAAGUCCGAGAAUUUACAGUGGCAUGGAGACAUGUGUACUUAAUAGAAUCAGGCCAUCAAGGUUCAAGUACCCAAAGAAACUAUGAACUAUGGUUGGCUAACAGAGUGAAUUCACAGGUCAAACAAAUGGUGAGGGAUCCUGUAGCCCAAACAAAGGCACCAGCAGAAGACAUACAGGGAAAUUUUCAAGAAGGGCUACGCUUAGCAGAAGAAAAAGACAUGUGGGUAGUAAUGAAGGAUCAACAAGAAAGGCAAAAAGAAGAGAAGUUGGUUACAUUCUAUCGUCAAAAAAUCAAGCGACAGAAAGCUUAG